CCAUCAAACUCGGCCCACACUGGCAUGUGCAACUGAAUAUAAGCUGACCAAAGAACCUUGAACGUUGCCCUUUCUGAAUGGAGACUUUCUGCUUUUGAGCAUGGUCGCACGAAAGGCCCAGCGCUGUAUUGUACUUUCCUGAAAACAGAGCUUUCUUACCAAGAAUUGUGAUUGAACUCAACCAACCUGCCAUUUUCCUCAUGAUGAAGGACAGACUGGCACAGCUCAAGGAGACAAGUGAUGUUGGAGGGGAUGACGUUGAGGUUCCCAUGCAGAAUGAGGAUUUUAUGGAAGAUUUUUUUGCCCAGAUUGAGGAUAUCCGCUACAGUAUUGAAAAGACUGAUGACAGCAUAACAGAAAUAAAAAAACUCUACUCCACCAUCUUAUCCUCCCCCACAUCUGACCAGAAAACACAGGAUGAUCUUGAAGCAGUGACCAAUGAGAUUAAGAAAUCUGCCAACAACGCAAGAAACAAGCUCAAGAGCAUUGAACACCAGCUCGAGACAAACAAAGAUGAGAGGGCCUCUGCUGACCUCAGGAUAAGAAAAUCACAGCAUGCUAUCUUGGCGAAGAAAUUUGUUGAGGUCAUGACAAAAUACAAUGAAGCGCAAGUUGACUUCAGAGACAAGAGCAAAGGACGGAUUGCCCGACAGCUUGAGAUCACUGGCAAAGUAACAACUGAUGAAGAACUGGAGGAGAUGCUGGAAGGAGGCAACUCAACUGUCUUCACUGCUGGGAUUAUGGAUUCAAAAAUAAACCAGCAGGCCUUGAACGAGAUUGAGGCUCGUCAUAAAGACAUCAUUCGGUUGGAGAGCAGCAUCAAAGAACUCCAUGACAUGUUUGUUGAUAUUGCUAUGUUGGUUGAGAACCAGGGUGGCAUGAUUGACAGAAUUGAAAGUAACAUGGACCAAUCAGUGGGCUUUGUAGAAAGAGCAGUUGCUGACACCAAGAAAGCAGCCAAGUUCCAACAAGAAGCACGCAGGGCACGUGAAAGGGGAGCCGACAACUACGCGGCUCCCGGGCUGGUGCUAUGGCUAGUGUCCUAGAAGACGAG